CCGUGUGCCCGUGUCCGUGGGAGUACGUUUGCCCUGUUUCGAUUAUUUGCGUAAAAAUACGGACCAACUUCGAUCCGAGGACCGUUUUUCGUUUGACGCCGCUUCGCUGUUGCUGCUGCGCUCGUUUACCGCUCCGCCUGGUGGCCUAUUUCCGCUGGUGAUGGAGAACGAUAAGAUGGAAAUCUACGAAUCCCUGAUACGCUGGCUAAGCGUACUGAAUCUGACCGCUCCGCACGCAACCGUCCAGCAGCUGUGCGAUGGUGUGGCGCUCGCGCAGGCCCUUAACCAGAUUGCGCCGGAAGUGUUUACCGAUGGGUGGCUGGGGAAGAUAAAGGCCGACGUCGGGGCAAACUGGCGGCUGAAGGUGAGCAAUCUGCGAAAGAUAGUGGACGGUAUUUUCGUGUACUAUCAGGACGAGCUGAGCCUGCACCUUUCGGAAGAGCUGCGCCCGGAUGUGCUGAAAAUGGCGGAAAAGGGCGACCCGUACGAGGUGGGCCGAUUGCUGCAACUUAUACUGGGCUGUGCGGUCAACUGUCUCGAGAAGCAACAGUACAUCACGCAGAUCAUGGAUCUAGAGGAGUCGCUGCAACGCAACAUUAUGGCCGCACUACAGGAGAUCGAGUACAUCUGGCAGGGUGCCUCGCCGUCACGGAACUCUAUCAACACAAUCGGUAGCACCACAGCGACCCCAGGCAGCACGUUGGUUCCGACGACCAGCACCACCCUGACGCUUCAGGACGAUCGUGACACGUUGGCACAAAAGUGUCACGAAACCAACAAGAAAAUGCUGGUGCUAAUCGAGGAAAAGUCGGCCCUACAGCAGGAGAUUACGCGCCUGCAGGGAAUUGUGGGGCGCUACGAAAACCCGAACCUGAUCGGUGACGAUGGCACGUCGCUCGGCCCAAUCCAGCUCGGCUCGUCGCGCUACAACGAUCUGCGCAAGCUGGUGGAUGGCCUGAAGGACGAGUUGCUGCAGGCCGAAACGGCACGGGAUGAUCUGAAGAUGAAAUCGGUGAUCCAAGAGAAGGAGAUCGCCGAGUUGCACCAAAAAAUCGACGAACUACACGGGGCCACGGCCGAAAUCGCGCCACUGAAGGACGAAAUUGACAUCCUGAAGGAGGCAAACGAGAAGCUUAAGAUCUGCGAAACGCAGCUCCAGACGUACAAAAAGAAGCUGGAGGACUACAACGAUCUGCGGAAGCAGAUCAAGCUGCAGGAGGAACGGGGUGCCGAGUACCUGAAGCAAAAUCUACAGUACGAAGAGGAAGCGAAAAAGUACGCCGGUCUGAAGGGGCAGAUCGAGUUGUACAAGAAGGAGAUACAGGAUUUGCACGCCAAACUGGACACCGAGCUGGACAAGACGAUCCGGGCCGAGUUCGAGUACAAGCAGCUACAGGGCGAGGUGGUGGUACUGCAGCGUGAAAAGGAACACCUCCUCGGUGAGCGGGACUCGCUGAGGGAAGCGUUCGAUGAGCUGAAGUGCGGCCAGGCGAUCGGAGCCGACGGGACGGAUGGUUCCGGUGGCCGCGGGACGGCUAUGUCGAAGGAACUACACUCCAACGACCUGCACGGACGGAUCGAACGGCUGGAACGUGAAAAUAAGGCACUCCGCGAAGGACAGGGUGGUCAAACGGCGCUUGCGCAAUUGUUAGACGAUGCCAAUCAACGCAACGAAAAGCUGCGGGAACAGCUCAAGACGGCGAAUCAGAAAAUUCUGCUCCUCAGUCAACAUCACUCGGAUGAGACGUGCUCAAAGAGCGAAAUGGAGCUACAGCUAAAACCAACGAUGGACAUCAAUGACCAACGGUCUUCGCAGAUGGACGAGGCACAGCUCCAGCUCGGAAAUCUGCACACGAAAAUCGCAAACCUCGAGGCGGCCCUAGUGGCGAAGGAUCAGGAACUUCAUGCGGCCGACAUGCGCUACAAGAAGUGUGUCGAAAAAGCGAAAGAAGUCAUCAAAACGCUCGAUCCUCAUGCAAUCAACGAAGCAAUGAUGCUAGACAAGGCACAUCUGGCGAAUGACUCCGUCGGUGGUGGUGGGCCAGCGGCCACCGAUGGAAUGGUGGCCACCACCCCUGCCGUCACCGUGCGACCACCGAUGGGCCAGCAAGAGGAGCAACUGAUCGCCACCGCAUUCUAUCGACUCGGUAUGGCAUGCCACCGGGAAGCAGUGGACGCACGGCUCCUCAGUGGCCCCGGGCAGAGUUUCCUAGCCCGCCAGCGGCAACCGGCGGCGCGGAAACCCCUGAACGCAAACUUUGGCAAAAAGUGACCGUUUGACGAUGAAGCAUCCAGCUUGUGGCCGCAAGGUGCCUUACUCUAGCGCAAUCUGAAGGACGGGAUUUCAUCGGGACAAAGUACCGGUGUCCAGACGAUGGUUGAGUUUUUUUUACUCAUUUUCGGACACAUUACUUUAUAUUGUGUAUUAUUUA